AUGGCCAAAGAACAAGGUGGUGUCCUUUCCGGUCACAAUCCGGCUUCUUAUAAUGCUGGCGAACCGAUUACUUUAUUCAUAAUACAAGCAGUUCUCAUCAUCUUCUUUACACGUAUUGUCCAUUUCGCGAUAGCACCUCUACGACAACCACGUGUUAUUGCCGAAGUAGUUGGUGGAAUUUUACUCGGUCCAUCGGUUAUGGGUCGUAUUCCUGGAUUUCAACAAGCCAUCUUUCCUAGCGAAUCCAUUCCUUUGCUCAAUCUACUUGCAAACAUUGGUUUGGUCUUGUUCUUGUUCAUUGUUGGUGUGGAAUUGAAUCCAAAAAUAUUGAUAAAAUAUGGUAGAACUUCUGCUACGAUUUCGAUAGCUGGAAUCCUUUUACCUUUUGCUUUUGGUGUCGGUGUAGGUUAUGGAUUGUAUACUCAACUUAGUGAUCAGUCUGUUCCUUUUAGUAGUUACCUACUUUUUAUUGGUGUCGCAAUGUCAAUUACGGCCUUUCCAGUACUUGCACGUAUUUUAACAGAAUUAAAUUUAUUAAAAACAGUAGCAGGAUUAACGGCAUUUUCAGCCGGCGUUGUAGAUGACGUAGCUGCAUGGAUAUUAUUGGCUUUGGUUGUUACAAUCAUCAAUUCAUCAAAUAUGCUUACCGCAUUGUACAUCUUGUUACUUGCUAUUGCUUGGGUUCUUAUAGUAGUGUUUGCCGUUCGUCCUUUAUUAUUAUUUUUUAUUCACAAGACUGGAAGUAAUGAUAAUGGUCCAACAUUGACAAUGACCGCCAUAACAUUGUUAACGGUGCUUACUUCUGCUUUUGUUACAAACAUAAUUGGUAUUCAUGCCAUUUUUGGUGGUUUUGUAAUUGGUGUUAUUAUGCCGCACGAGGGUGGUUUUGCUGUUGGUAUUACUGAAAAAAUUGAAGAUUUAGUUAAUGUUUUAUUUUUACCAAUUUAUUUUGCAUUAUCGGGAUUGAAAACACAAAUUGGACUUUUGAGUGACCCUAAUGCUUUUGGAUGGGUGAUUUUAGUUACGGUGGUUGCAGUUCUUGUUGAAUUGAUUGUUCUUAAUAUUGGUUAUGAUGCUGGAGUUAUUGAUGCCAAAGUUUUUGUUAUCAUGGUUAUAAUGGCACUUAUAACAACAUUUGCUACAACACCGUUAGCAAUAUGGAUAUAUCCACAUAAAUAUCAACGAAAAUUCGAACACAAACCUGAAACUAAUAAUAAAUUGGGUGAUGUUGACGAAAAAGAAGUGACUGGUCACUCAGCUUAUUCAUCAUCAAAGGCAAAAAAGGAUAAAAAUUUAUUGGUGGUUUUAGAUAAAGUUGAAUUUCUUCCAGCUAUGAUGACACUCAUUCAACUGUUACAAACUUCUUCAUCGCUUUAUCCUGCAUUAUCAACAAUAUCAACUACUGAUCCUCAACCCACUUCCUCGACAAGAGAUUCUACCGCAACAACAACAACUACCACUGUAACCACUUUAGCAAAAAAUUCCGAUUCCGUUACUGAUAAAGCAACUGUUGCUGUUGAUAAGAAAAGAAAAAAUUCAGCAUCGAGCUCAUCAGAUGGAAAUAGUAGUGGUAGUUUGACCGUUCACGUGCUAAGGCUUGUGGAAUUGACACAACGUAUAUCAACAGUUAUUAAAUUCAGUGAAAGUGAAGAAACUAUUUUGCACGAUCCAAUUAUGAAUGUAUUUAGAACUUUUGGCAAAUUAAAUUUUGUCAAUGUUAAACCUAAUCUUGCCAUAGUAUCGAGACAAGAUUUUGCUCAACAAAUAGCAGAUAGUGCCAGUGAAAACCAUGCUGAUUCGGUUAUUGUGCCAUGGGGUGGUGCAGGUGCUGUUAUUGAGGACCCAUCGAAUAUGUUUGAAGAGAUGAUUGGAUCACAUAAAAAUAAAUCAACUAGUCCUCAAGUAUCAAAUUAUAUUCAAGGGGCUUUCAAUCUAUUGUCGGAGCAGGCUAAUGUUUUUGUUUUCGUUGACAGGGGACUUGGUUUUUCAAGACAAAAAACUUCUAAAGAUUUGCCCGCUUCGACUUCAGGCGGGUUUGUCAAAAUUUUCUUACCGUUUUUUGGCGGUAAAGAUGAUAGAGAGGCGUUAAAAUUUGUUGUGAAGUUAGUCAAAAAUCCUAAUGUUGAAGUUGAAGUUAUGAUAAUCAUAAAAUCAAAUGAACCAACGGAUAAUGAUGCAGUUUUGGAAACUAAUUUGGCACUUCAUGAAGGCGAAGAAGAACCUGAAGGUUCUGUUAAACCACCUCUUACACACAAGGUUUCAAUUGCAUCAACGGUUCUUAGUGGUGGUGAAGGACAUGAAUCAAAAAAAUUGGAUGAUGAACUAAUUGAAAAAUACAAAAAACAAAAAAGUUCAAAUAGUCGUAUCAGAUAUACUGAUGUGUUGUCAGCGACACCAUUACAAACUGCGGUUGAGAAAGCCAAGAAAAUAGUGGAACGUAAAGAUUUGGUAGUCAUAGGACGUGGUAGAUAUAGUAGUGGCGCACUCAAUCAUAGAGCUGAAUUUUUGGAGGUGAUUAAGAAUAUUGGAGGUAGUUAUGGUGACGAGACACGUAAAUCUUUGGGAGACGUUGCCGAAUCAUUUUUGUUUGGUGGAGUUUCUUCAAGUAUUUUGGUAGUGCAAUCAAAGAAAACUUCUAAAACCGUCAACACCAAUAAUGAAGACGAUAUUAUCACUGAAUCUAGGGUCGUUGAUAUUGUUUAA